AUGUCAAUGAUAAAGUCGAAGACUAGUUGGAAAAAUCUCCUCUCAAUCGGAUGGGUCCUUUGAGCAAUGUGAUGAUGAGUCUCAACGAUCUUUCCCUCAAAUUGAGUCACCAAAGCGGUUUGGUCGAUGACAACUUCAUGCAAGCUGGUGUCCUCUUCAACAAGAGCUUGGUUCUUUUGCUUCUCAAAUUGGAGUUGAUAGCACAUGUCCUCCAUAGCAAUCUUGUAAAGAUCACAGUUGAUGGUCAUGUCUUAUAGUUGCUCUCCCAAUUGCUCAUUGGCUUUACGAAGGUGUUCAUUGUCCUUAGUCAGUUGGUGCAGAUAAAAGAUGGUUUCUUCAUAAAGCCUUUGAGUACUAGCAGAAAACUCCAACAAAGCCUUGUGUGCAGAAGGUUGUGUGUAAGAAUCCAUAUUUCUUUUCAAAGGUCAUGGAUGGUUUAAUCAAAAGGGCUUGAGAAC